AAGAAGAAGAAGAAGAAGGAGAGAGUUCAACUUUACAUACUUUUUUUUUUUUUUUUUUUACAAAUCAAAUCUUUGAUACUCUUGUGGAUUUCUGUCUCGCGGCGAUAAAGGCAAAGUGAACUAGCCAUACGGUGUUCGGUUAUCUGACAACACGUAACGACAGCACGGAGAGGUCGUUUCUGCCCAGCCACAUUCCAUUUAAUGGGAAGGGGAGCUGAGGAAAAGAUAACAGUGGGGAAUGAUUUGGAGCAGUGAGAGGUUGUGGCGGCCUCAUCAGUAGCUGUCACCACGGCGGGGGACCUUCGGACCUCCGUCUGCAGGGUGGUCAUCUACCUCCAAAGGGACAUGUCCGGGGACAGCUGCCUGCCCCAACAUCACACCCAGUCCGACUGCACCUCGCCAACCCCUCCUCUGGCCUGUCCCAAGACCAAGACCUGCAGUUAUCGAGGAGCGGUGGGCCUGGGCAACAAGUAUGUCCGACUCAACGUGGGCGGGAACCUGUUUUACACCACACUGCAAGUGCUGACCAGGCAGAACUCCAUGCUGAAAGCCAUGUUCAGUGGAAAGAAGGAAGUGUUCACUGAUAAAGAAGGUUGGAUCCUGAUCGACCGCAAUGGGAAACACUUUGGCAGUAUCCUGUGCUACCUGCGUGACGGCACAGUCACCUUACCCAAAGGUCGUCAGGCUGUCCAGGAGCUGCUGGCUGAGGCAAAGUAUUACCUCAUCCAGGGCUUAGUGGAGCUUUGUCAAAACACCCUGCAGGGCAAUAAGGAGCAACCCCUGUGUGUUAUACCUGUGGUCACAUCGAGUAAGGAAGAGGAGAGGCUCAUCCAGUCUUCCAGCAAGCCUGUGGUGAAGCUGGUGUACAACAGAAGCAAUAACAAGUACUCCUACACCAGCAACUCGGACGACAACCUGCUGAAGAACAUAGAGCUGUUCGACAGGCUGUCUCUCAGCUUCAACGGCCGCGUCCUCUUCAUCAAAGAUGUGAUUGGGGACGAGAUCUGCUGCUGGUCCUUUUAUGGUCAGGGUCGGAAGCUGGCUGAGGUCUGCUGCACCUCCAUCGUCUACGCCACAGAGAAGAAGCAGACCAAGGUGGAAUUUCCUGAAGCUCGAAUAUACGAGGAGACUCUGAACACCUUGCUUUACGAGACGAUGCCGCUGCCCGACAACUCCCUGCUGGAAGCCACUCGUCGGAGCUACAGCAACUGUGGCUCCCACAGCGAGGAAGAGGAGGGGCCCGGAGGAGCCGAGCUUCGCGAGCGAGUCCGUCGAAUCCACGUCAAGAGGUACAGCACGUACGACGACCGGCCGCUGGGACACUGAGACUGAAACCACCAACCGCUGGACAGAUUUCAGAUUUUCAUGUUGAUGAUGAACACUCAAACAUGAAGUCUGUUAAUGCUCAUAACAUUUCUCUUUUGAAUUGUUUUACUAUCUUACUUUCUUUACCACUAUCUAAGAAGUCCAAAUUGUGGCCUUGAUGUAAUUGCAUUUGACUUUUUACUCUAGAUAGUUGUGGUAUUGUCGCUCUGUCCAUCAUAAUUUAUGAAUUAUUAUCAGAGGAUUCAAAGCAACUACUUCAAAUAUCCAGAGAACUGUAGGUUUUUUUAUGAAAUGUAGAUUAAUAAUGGAGGAAAAAUCACUAAUAUGCACUAUUUCCUAGAAGAAAUAUUGUUACAAUCCUAGCACUUAGCACUCCGAAUUAGCAAGAGAGCAUGUUUCAUAUUUAUAGAUUGUAUUUUUCAUAUACGCAUUUACAACAGCCUGUUGUUUGCCAAAGAUGAACCUCUUGUUUUUCAGAAUGAGUGUGCCUCUAACAUGUUUUAAUGCAGUUUACCAUAAUGCCUUUUUUCCAGCUGUGAAGAUAAAAGUUAUUGUAAUUCAACUAC